AUGCUCCCGCAGCGACAAAAGUCUAGGAAUCGGGCUGUAGCUACUCAUCUUCAGCGUACUACUACUAAUGUUACUAAACGUAAUGUGUUUCUUGUUGUACUAAGUCUCUUCUUUGCGUGGUAUAUGUAUUACAAUCUCCACUUCUUUGCGACAUACACGGCGUCUCUAAAUUCCAGUGACGGGGUCAAUAAAGGCUGGAACUCGUUUACUACUGACGUACCUCACCAUCCGAAAGACAUACGAGUAGAUUCUGAUACUACACGUCAAGUCAAGCAUUUGGUGUUCACGUCUACGUGUCGUGAGCUUGACUUUGUCCAUGCAGAAGUGCUCGCCUUCACGCUACGACGAACGGGAUACAAUGGCAAUGUCACACAUUUACUCUAUGGUUGCACGGAAGAAGAAGCUUUGAAUCUCAUGCGUAAAAAAGAUCCACGUCAUCACGUACAAACGAAGCAUUAUCCUGAUGUAUCGGCAGUAAACACAACGUUCGGUGAGAAGCUGCUCAAGACAACGGUGAAUCCAUUGGUGCUGUCGAAAUGGAUGUUGGGUUCUGAUACUGGAGAUCUCCAUGACAAUCGUUCUGCUUUGUUUAACGAACGUUAUGCAUUAGCAUCCAAUGAUUUUGUCAUGGCUGUCGACAAUGACGCAAUUUUUACCAAGAAGCUAGACAUGCGGAACCUCGUAGCUGAAGCAAAAAGCAUUGCUGAACUACAUAUUUUUGGUCAAGAUGCAUCGUGGUACUGGCCAAAACAAUUUCCUCUUACGCACGAACAACUGAAGAAUAUUGUGCCGACAAACUCUCGUGCGUUACUCCUGACCGACUGGCGUGAAUACGCUGCCAUUGCACCAUUUGUAGCUGAAGUAAGUACAUGGCAGACAUUUUUACCCACUGCAGUUGACAUAUGGAGUAAGUUGGCACACGAACAGCGCUAUCUGGCUAUCCCGAUUACUGCAGCUCAUGAGAAGACACUUAUUGGCAUUUCAGGUGUACUUAGCGUUCAUCACUAUCCUUCUCGCUACCAGAACUGGGAUUUUGCUGACGACAUUAAGCACAACCCAUGCAAGGAACAGGCUGAAGGAAAAAAUCUGGCAUUAUCAUCCUACCCAAUCUCAAUUCGGGCGCUCAACUUCACACUGCCUCAGUGGAUUGAUGGUCAGGAAUGGAGUUUCUUCGCCGACAAGGUACCAUCGGACUUUUUAGCGUGCGAUGCCUGGAUGAUUCACCAGCCGACCGACUAUCUGUGGCAUCUGGCUUCUCAUACGAGUGGAUACGAGCGUGUACCUAGCAUUCUACGUCGCCGCCACACUAUGAGUGUGUGCCUUGCCGUGGAGGCCUACAACAGCGCGUCUGAGAGCUAUCGCUCUCAUUUUUGCCCCACUGGCUACAACCGUAAUCGUCGUAUUUCCAUGGAGUUUCAGAAGAAGGCUUGGAGUACCGCUGUGGCUCUUGCAGAUGGCACCGAGAUGGACGAAGAUUUGCCCGUUUACUUUGGUGACUACAAGAGGAAGAAAAGUCCUGAUGUUUCUCACGAGAGUGACGUGAAACCCGGUCAAAAAGAUAGUGACGAGAUACACUUUGUAUUCACGACGUCUUGUGAGCCACACCAAGACUGGCAGAGCGAGGCUCUUGCCCAGAGUUUUGCACGAGUCGGCCAGCGUGGGGCACUUACACGCAUUGUAAGCGGUUGCUCGGACGACGCUGUGAAGGAGCUGCUACGUCGUACGCGCAAGUCUUCGCCGCAUCUGCGCAUUCAUGUCACUCGCGACUUUCGCUCGCUCCCAGCUUAUAAAAAGGCCUCCGAUGAAGUGGAGAAGGCCACGACGCCGGACAAUUAUGCGCCAUACAACAAGCCGUUUGGACUUCGGGACUGGUUAGAGUCUGCCAAUCCUCCCGUGCUCGAGGAACUCGUCGUUGUGCUUGAUCCAGACUUUUUGUUCAUGCGGCGUUUUGCAGUGAACACUGGCGGAAGGGUGACAUUGCCCAUGAAUGUGGACUCGGGCAACUAUGCGCGCGACACCGAAGUUAUCGAAGGCAUGCGGCAGUACAAGCGCUUUUUUGUAUAUACUGGCCGACGUGAAAAUGUAAGCGAUACAGUAACGGACGGCGUGGCUGUGGCGCAGCGAUGGUCGAACUAUUUGGGUACGACGGCCUUUGAGAACAGCAGUUUAAUCUGCCCCGAGUGCGUGAAGGUAUCGAAGGCAGAUGCCGCUGAGUAUUUCGCUGUUGGCUCUCCGUACGUCAUCACACGCAACGAUCUGAUACAAUUGAUGGACGACUAUUGCAACAUGACGGUGCUCAAGCGUGAGCAGACGAAUCGUGAGCUGAGGAUGAGCGAGAUGAUGGGGUACUCACUUGCAGCGGCAAAGCACGGAGUGAAGCACACGACGUUCGACAACUUGGCACUGGGCAACAAGGUUGAUGACUAUACUGACUUUGUUAGUAUCAUGAAGGGGAACCCGUGCGAGGACCCCAUUAUUCCCAUGAUUCCGGGUGAGGUGCCUCCUUUGCUGCACGGCUACCGACCGUAUGAGACCAACGACGACCGUAAUGUCAAGUGGGUGUUUUACAAGACGCUAAUGCCCAACAACCUGUUUGCAUGUGAUUCAUGGCUAUUGGCAUCGCCACCCGCAAGCGUCUGGACACUGGCCAAGCAGAGUUUUGACAAACAGCGGAUGCUGGAAGCGUAUGGUGUGUGCACGAGUAUCAAGGUAUUAAAUCAGGCGCUGGUCGACUUUAAAACCAAGAUGUGUCCCGAUGGUUUCAAUCAGAACCGGCGCUUACGUCUUGUAAAGGAUGUACACGAGGACCUGCUCAAGAUCGGUCAAGUAUAUACACCUUGGCAGCAUGCUGCCUCGGAAAAUGGACCGUAA